GGUGAAAGCAAAGCGAGCGGUGAGUCACAAAAAUACUCAGCUGCCUCUUGCUCACUCACCACAACAUCAACUCUGGCUCCAUGACCCAUGAGUGGAGAAUACUCAGCAUUUAAUUAAUCUGUCUAAAAUAGAACAUAAUUUUCCAUCAUGGCGAACGACGACAGCUUCCUGCGGACGGCUCUAGCAAGUGCUAAGUAUCGAGAUGCUGAUAAAACUCGAAAAAUGGUAUUAGAGACGAUAAAUCACUAUAAAGGAUUAAAGCCAAUUACAGACACAUUUGUAUUCAACAAUGGAGCAACAAAGGUGCUGGUUGCUCUGAAAGGAACAAUCCCUGUAAUUUAUAGAGGAAGCACGUACCACAUUCCCGUUACCCUCUGGCUCUUGGAUACACACCCCUUCAACGCCCCCAUGGUUUACGUGAGUCCCACGGUAGAUAUGAGAAUAAAGGUCUCGCGACACGUGGACCACAAUGGAAAAGUCUAUCUCCCAUAUUUGCACGAUUGGAAACAUAACACUUCAGAUCUCAUGUGCCUGAUCCAAGUGCUAAUUAUGACGUUUCAAGAACAGCCUCCAGUUUAUGCUAUUCCACAGGCGCAACAGCAGGCGCUACCCUCGAUGCAGCAACCUCUGCCUCCUUACCCCACUCCCUACCCACAACAAUCCUACUCGCCGUACCCGCCGAUGGGAGGAAUGCCGAUGCCUAUGCCUAUGUCUGGAGGGGCAAUAGCCCAACCCCCACAACAGUCCCAAUCUGCAGCAGCCACGCCAACUUUCAACUUUAGACCCAGCCUCAUCUCUGCUGGAGAAGAGAAAGUCCGACGAAGACUGGAGGAUGCCUACCUAUCCACCGAAAUUAUUAAAACAACGGGGACACAGCUUCGAGAUGGUCAGCAAAAAUUGGAAAUAAUGAUGAAGCGAUUGAGCGAUGAGAAAACCGUGUUGGAAAGAAAUAUCGAGUCGUGCCAGAAGGAGUGCGCUGCUCUGGAUGAAAAAAUCCUGAAAUCAACGACGGAAGAUAAUACGGCUAAUAUUGAUGAUGCAAUUCAAGCUCCAGCUCCACUAUACAAGCAAAUUGUGAACACGGUGGCAGAGGAGGCUGCUCUCGAAGACACAAUUUACUACUUAAGCGAAGCCUUUCGACGAGAACAGAUGGACCUGGAUCAAUAUCUCCGAACUGUGAGACAACUUUCGCGACGACAAUUUCUUCAAAGAGCCAUCCUUAGAAAGUGUAGACAAAAGGCUGGGUUUGCGGGGUGAACACGGGAAUUUCCACAAGAAUAACGUUUUUUUUAUUAUUGAUAAAAUAUAAGAAAAUUUAUACAGUGUGCAUACAUACAUCGUAAUUUUAUAGGAAAGUAUCCGCAUUGAAUCGGAAUUAUUAGGUUCAAUCAAAUUUAUAUUAAACAAUACAGUGUUAUUUAAUAACUUAUCAAAUGUCAGAAAAAAUGCCAAUGCAAUGCUUUCAAAUCAUUACGCAAAAACUUCUAUUCCCUUAUUUAAUGGUCAUUUAGACUUAGUGUACCUAUCUUUGUUUAUUUGGAAUUCUGAGAAAUAAAUUGCAAAAACACA